AUGCAGCCUUCGUUCGCGGAUUACAGCUGCCACCACUCCAAGUGGCAGAUCCAGACUGGCAGGCUAAAGGAGGUCAGGUCAAUGAACGUAACGACACUAUACGCAAGGGGCUCACGGGGCAAGGUCAAGGGAGAUCCGGAGCUGAUGGCCAAAUUGAUCCCAAAAUACGCCCCACUGGUACACCGGCUGGUAGUCGACAACGGAUACUACGACACAAUCAUGCAGGACAAUGUUGAUCUCGUUACGGAGCCUAUCGAACGCUUCGUUGAGGAUGGUAUUAUGACGAAGGAUGGAGUGCACCGGCCGCUGGACCUGGUUGUGCUCGGGUGUGGCUUCAAGCCCACAAGCUUCCUCUACCCUGUUGAGUUUCGUGGGCUCAACGGAGUCACACUCGACCAGACAUGGCAUAAGGACGGUGCUCGCUCUUACUUGGGCCUGACAAUCCUUGGAUACCCCAAUCUCUUCACGCUCUAUGGACCCAAUCACCAGCCACGUGGAGGUCCCAGUCUUCACUCCUGGUCGGAGAUUUGGGGUCGUUACGCAAUCUCGACAAUUGUCUGGAUGAUGCAAAAUCAGGCUAAGUCAGUAGAUGUGAAACAGUCAGUCUAUGACUCGUAUCAAAGUUCAGUUGAUGAAGCCCAACGCCCUCUCAUUUGGGAGGGUGAGGGUCGUGGAUAUUUUGUGAACGAGCAUGGUCGGCAGGGCGUCAAUAUGCCAUGGACCAGUGAUGUAUAUGAUGCUAUGGUUUUGCAGCCUAAUCUACAGGACUACAACUUUCCAUACUAG